UAGUGUUGAAUUAAAAUAUGUUCAUUGUAAUAAUUAAUUAAUGUUUAUUAAAUGUGUAUGCGUACCUAUCAUUUAUUUUACACAGAAAAUGAAAUCAACAAUAUGAAUAAUUUGGAUGAUCUUUUAAAGGACUGCAAUUUUCGUGACUUUGAACAAUUGAUUCCAAAUGUUAAAGAUCGAAUAAUUCUUCGUAAAAAGUACAAUGAUUAUGUACGUUUUAUUUUUGUCUGCUUCCAAUUUGAUGAUAUACAAAAUUUUUUAUAUAUUUAUUUUAUUACAAUUAUUUAUUUAUUUUUUUAGAGCCUAACAUCCAGUAAAAUACCCGAUUUGAGAAGUUCUUCAAGUACUUCAAGUAUUACGCAAAGUACUCCAAGUACUUCAAGUAUUAUGCAAAAUACUCCAAGUACUUCAAAUGCUCCAGUACUUUUUGAAAUUGUUGAAAACAAUCCUACAUUUAUUGAUUUAAAUAAUAUUCUAUAUAAAGAUCAGGAUAAAGAAUUAUUAGAGAUUGAAAAUAAUCAGUCGGAAAUACUGAUGGAAAUAGAUAAUUCAGCUUCUAAGAUUUGCGAAGAAUCAUCUCCAAAAAGGAUAAAGUUUCAAAACGAAAAAUUUAAUCUGAAAGAUAUUCUCUCAAAAAGUGCAUAUGGAUGAACUCUUAUAGAAAUCAGCAAACAUGGGCAAAGUUUUACUACUAGGGGUGCGUUCCACUUAUCGUCCGCAACGACUACGACCACGACCGCAAUAUUUGCCGUUCCAUUAGCUUGUGGGCGCUGCGGGCGAAAUCUUAAGUGGAACGAGUUUUGUGUAGUGAGAUGGAUCCCAGGAAGAUAAUCGUGUUGCGCUGGCUGCGCUACAGAAAUUAUAAUACAAGUGAAGACUCAUCGAGUUCUGAUGACGAGUGGAAAGCGUUAUUAUAUAAAAGAGAAAAGCGUAAACAUCGUCCACGAAUUCAAAAUUAUAUUGAUCAUGUUGUGAUCAGUUACAUCGGACAUGAAUUCAAGAGUCAUUUUAGAAUGUCAAAAGCGACUUUUAAAUAUCUGUUAGAAAUGUUGAGACCAUAUUUGACAAGAAAAAUAAAAAGAUGUCCUAUGAUCCCAGCUUCUCAUCAAUUAAUGAUAGCUAUUUGGAAAAUGGCAACCAUGGACUCUUACAGAUCUAUUUGUGAUAGAUUUAAUGUUGGAAGAGCAACUGCUGUUCGAGCUAUGCGAAGAGUUAGCCAUGCACUUUUUUUAAAUUCUUCAACAUUUAUUAAGUGGCUUACUGGUAAUCUUGCAAUAAAGGUUAUGCGAGGAUUUAAAGAAAGUAGUGGAUUUCCAAAUAUCAUUGGAGCCAUUGAUGGUACCCAUAUCCGAAUUAACGCACCAAAAGAAAACUCUGUCGAUUACAUCAACCGUAAAGGAUUCCAUUCGAUACAGUUACAGUUAGUGUGUGAUCACAGAACUUUGAUCACACACUGUUAUGCUGGGCAUCCUGGGUCAGUUCAUGACCAGCGAGUUUUUCGGCAAUCUGAGGUAGCAAACUACUUAAACGAUGAAGAGAAAUUCCCAGCAGAUAGUCAUUUAUUGGGAGAUGCGGCAUACGAGAUUUAUCAACAUUUAUUGACUCCCUUUAGAGACAAUGGACACCUAACAGUGGCACAAAACAAUUAUAAUUAUCGCCUGUCUGCAGCCAGAGUAACAGUUGAAAGGUGCAUUGGUUUAUUGAAAGGGCGCAUGAGGAGUCUAUUGCACUGUUUGCCUAUGUCAAGAGUGGACUUAAUAGCGGAAUAUGUAAUAGCGUGCUGUGUAGUUCACAAUAUCUGUACAUUAAGAAGUGAUGACAUCGAUGUAAUCACCGUACUUCCAGCUUUACAAAAAUGCAACAGAGCUGAAGAAAAUUUACAAGAAAGACGAGAUACUGGCGGAGUUGCCAAAAGAAACUUGAUUAUGCACACUUUAUUAGAACUUUAAAAAAUUAUUGUAUUAGUUUUUGUAUGAAUUUUUAAAAUAAUAAUGUACUAUAGUAUAAAUAAAAAUGUCAUUAAAUAUUAAAACUUGAAAAUUUGAAACAAAUUUUAUUGUUCUUUACUUAAUACAACUUUAUGUAAUACAACUUUGGAUUGUAUGUAACAUGUUAUACAAUAAAUAUCCAUAUUAUGGUUUCAUACAAAAUAAAACUUUUCCUCUCACACAAAAUAAUGACUAACAUUGUCUUAAAGUGUGAAGUAUCACAAAACAAAAUAUAAAUAUCGAUAUUAUAUGGUUUCAUACAAAAUAAAUCUUUUUCUCUCACAUAAAAUAAUGACUAACCUUGACUUAAAGUGUGAAGUAUCACAGCAAAAUAUAAAUAUCGAUAUUAUAUGGUUUCAUACAAAAUAAAUAUUUUCCUCUCACACAAAAUAAUGACUAACAUUGACUUAAAGUGUGAAGUAUCACAAAACAAAAUAUAAAUAUCGAUAUUAUAUGGUUUCAUACAAAAUAAAUCUUUUCCUCUCACAUAAAAUAAUGACUAAAAUUGACUUAAAGUAUGAAGUAUCACAAAACAAUAUUAAAAACAAUAUGAAUGUAAACAUUAAAAAUAAUAUAAAAAAUAUUGGCUGCGUUCAGCAGAAAAAGCAGCUUUGUAACUGUUGUAAAAUUCUUUAACACGAUUGGUUCUUGCUCUUAGUUCCUGUUAUAUCUAAACGUAUAAACCAGUCGUGUUGAAGAAUUUUACAACAGUUGCAAAGCUGCUUUUUCUGUUGAACGCAGC